AUGCAGGAGGCCUUUGCCGAGUCUCUCGAAGAGGCCACCAGGGCAGGCUUGAGCCAGAAGCCAAAGCUGAGGGAGCAGGACGCCAAAGCAAGGCGGGAGAAGCUGCUCGACGAGGACAAGUCCAGAGGCCCCCCCAACCGGCUAUGGCGGUUUCGGUCCGGGCAGAAAUGUCACGAGCUGCGGAAGCUGAUCGCCCAGAUCUCGUUUGGCAUUGAGCUGCUCAUCAAGGGCAUGGCCAACAACAACGCCCAGGUCCUUACCAUCCUGCAGGGCCACAUCGACGAGGUGGACGAGUUUCUCGAGACGGCCAUGGAGGAUGUCAGGAUGGCGACCACGGACCUGAAAGACCGCCUGGACUUUCUAAAGGUGCCUAUGACGAACAUGGAAGUCUUUGAACAGAUGCUGGAGAACAGGAAGUUCCGGCUGCAGAUCGUUGAGGGCAACAUCAAGAUCGAACAUAUCCUUUCGCGCACCUCGACCGCCCACACCCAGACGAUUCGCGACGUAGCCGAGGGCCUGCGGGCCGUCAAACAAUUCUCCGAGUACCUGAGGGACAAUGACAGGGGAACAUGGCGGCAGAACCGGCCUGACGUGGUGGACGUCUUCGACGCGAUGAAGGGCAACACAGAGGGCUGGAUGAAGGAGUUUACCACUCUCGAGUCCAGCAGCACCAUGCUCAGCGGGCUCCUCGUCCAGCUCAGUUCUGUGGUUGUCGAUAUAGACAAAAAGGCGGGCGAAGUGAGCCGUCGGACAAGGUUCACGCUCGAACCGUACUCUGAACCAGAUAGUCGUUCAGGACCUCGUUCCGAAGACAGCACCUCGCACGCCACGCCGCCGCCAUCACCGCCCACAUCGGUUUCAUCCGCCACACCUCGCAUCCGGACUCUGGACUUUGGCCAUUCCUUGGGUUCGUUCCUCGCUGCGCCUGAAAGUCCCGGCCUCGACAUCCCAGACAUCCCUGUGAGAGCCAGACAACGCAUUACAAAAGACUCGGAUACCCUGCGGAACACCAUGCUCCCCAACCACACAUACACCCCUCCCGAGAGCUCGAAAAAGAUACCCGAGGUCGUUGUUGAUGACGGUUCUCAGACAGACGGGGAAGCCGAAGAAUCUGGAUCGGUCGCCGAGUCCCAGACAAGCGAGUCGACAGCAUCGUCCAAGGAAGAAGAAGAGGAUGACGACGACGAUAUCGUCAAUGAGCAGAACGAGGACGAGAACGUUCUAUUCCUCCUCCAGCCGAGAACAUACACGCCUGUUCCUCCAGCACCAAUACCAUCCCCCAGGGCCUCCCCGAAAGUAGAGCAGCCUCCAAAGACAUUAGCUGAGCCGCCGAGAUUGAGGGUCGAACCACGCGGGGCGAACAGGGGCACGCCGGAUGAGCUCAGCAUUCACAUCGAGGCCGAGGAGGACAUGCCACAAUCACCAGACGACGACGUGUGCGAGACCGUCCUGACCAUCCCACACCAAGCUGAGAGGAGACGGACAGCCGUACCCACCAGCAUGCGCGCACAGCCCAAGAUCCUGCAGAUACAACCCGUGCAUAGACAGUCACGGUCGUCUGACAAGGAGGUGGUCCUCGGGCACAAGACGUCCCUGAGGGAACGGGUCUCCCUCAAGGGCGAGCUCCCCACGGCCAUCCACGUCCCGCCGGUCCAUGCGUACGAGAUCCAGCGACCUCGGUAUCCAACACCGCAGCAGUCACCACGGGCGGCCCAGCGCGCGCCGUCCUCCUCCCACGGCACCGAAUCGGACCGCUCCCGGAAUUACACCACCAGCAACAACCACACACACCAUAGCCAACAUCACCACCACCACAACACCAACAACAUGGCCAAGCACCACACCACAAACCUCGAAUUCUCCCGCCCGCAGUUUCCCAACCUCAUCUCGUCCCCAGCCUCGGAGCGCCAGCACUUCCGCCCCGUUCAAGCCAGCCCGCACUCGCCACUGCAGCAGCGCCCACAUACAGCAGGCACCGUGGUCGGUGGCAGCAGCAGCAAUAACCACCGUCCUGGCCAUCGCGGCGCCCCUUCGCAGAUGGCUAUGAGCAUGCUGAGCAACGUGACGACGAUGCAGGAGGGCGCGAGCACCAAGGCGGGAAGUACGCGCACUGUCAAGAAGAAGCGCAGCGCGUUCGGCUGGCUUAAGAAGGCCUUCUCGCUCGACGAGGAGGAGCGCGCUGCCUUUGAGGCCAGGCGGCGUGCGCAGCCAGCUAAUUAUUACCAGUAUCAGAUGCCCGGGCAAGGGCAUAGCCCGAGGUAUCUGGAUGGCAAGCGAAUUGCUUGA